AUGGAAUUGGAUCGAACUAAAGGACAUGUCAAAUCAUCAGAAAAUUCUAAGACAAUUGACAUGAAAUAAAUAACCAAAAAUAAUAUUUAUAUAAUUAUCUAAUCAUUAGCAAGCAUUUUAGAAGAUAUAAGCGAAAAUAAUGUAUCAAUUGGAUCUAUUUAGAUAGCUUCUGAAUUUUAAGGAAAAUACUAUUCAAAGAUGGCAGAAAUUCUGUAGCAAAAAAAUAAAAAUUAAAAUGAGGAAAAGAAGAGUUCUUAGAUUAAAAUAGAUGAAGAUCAAGAAAAAAAGAAGGUAAAUAAAUAAAAUAGAAGAAUAAUCUAAAAUGGAAGUGAAAAGAAAAAAGAAAAAAUACACAUAUGCAAAGAUAGGAUAUAUAAAAACAACAGUCUUUUGGAUGAUAUCAUUUUAUAAUAGUAAUAUAUUUAGUAUCUGUAGCAGUAGCAGCUAAUUGCAUAGUAAAAUAUGGUACAGAAUGGUUUAGAAUUUUAGUCUUAAUUUAAUUCCUAAAAAGAGCUGCGUUAGAACCACAGUAAUGAAUCUUUAGAAAAAAAAAGUGAAAAUAAUCUGCACAGUUUUUAAAGUGAAGGAACUAAAUCUAAUUAAAAUAAGAUUGAAACCUCAACAAUAGAUAAUAUAUAAAAAAAUUAGAGCUCUAUUUUGCCUCUAGAAUGUCAAAAAUAGUUUUAUAAUGGUUACAAUGGAAAGUAAUCUCAAUUAGAGGAAGAAGGAGAACAAGAAGAAGAGAAAGAAGAACAAAAGCAUGAUUAUAAUUCUUAUCGCAAUUAAAAAUUUGAUCAAAAAAGUUAUUUGAAUUAAGGAAAUACAAACAAUCAUUUUUAAGUUUAAUAAUAUAAGAAUGAAAGCAACUAUAUCCAAGGUUAAUCCUAUUUUAAUGAAGGUCUUUAAUAGUAUGGUUUUCCUUAAGAUCAAUAAAAUUAAUAAUAGCAAAUAUCUAGAUAUCAAGCUACAGAUGAUUUAGAUUAUAAAAAUUAACAACAUUAAUUCACAAAUUAAAAUUAUCAGCAAAAUAAUUAAUUAAAUCCAGGUUCUAUCCUUUUAUCUAAUUAUAAUUUGGAAAAUAAUAAAUAGUUUAUUAAUGACUUCAAAAAUGAUAAAUAAAAUUUAAUUUUGUCAACCUAAUCUUAAUAUUAGGUAGGAAAUUGGUAAAAUAUAAAUAACAAUUAAUCUCAAUAAGAGUAAUUAAUAAUUCUUGAAGCACAAAAUUAAAACUAGCAACAAUUAUUUGAAAGUACGCAGUAAUCUUAUGAUGAAGAAAUGUAUAAAGCAAAAAUUAAAUCAUAUGUAGUAGAUUCACAUAUUUAAGAUAAUGGUGAAGAAAUAUCUAAUUCUACACAACAAUAGGAAUAAUAAUAAGUAUCGUAUUGGGAAAAUAAUUCUAAUUAAAAUUAAUUAAACUACAAUUUAUACCAUGAUAAAUAAAAAUAGAAUUUAAAUUCAAGCAUAACCUCUGAAAAAUAAAGUGAUGAAAUCAACAAAAAUGGUCUUAAUUAAAUUGAUUAGGUUGAAAAAUCUAGUUUUAUAUCAGCAUAAAAUGAUGUUAAUAGAGAGAAUUUUGGAAAUGGUUUUGUCAACUAAUAUGCAAAUUAAAGAGAAUUGCUUGUUUAAAAUCAAAAUUAAUAAUAAUACUAAAUAUAAACUAAUGUAAUUGGCAUUUAUUAAUAAAUAAUUUCACUAGUAACUGUUGAUUAAAUACUUGAAUCAGAAUAAAAUACCAGAAUUUCGUAUGAUAAAAGCUAAGUUGAUGGCGAUCAAAGCAUUUAAUUAAAUUAUUCUGAACAAAAUUAAGAAGAAAACAAUAUUUAGUCAAGUUAAUAACAAAUUUUGAAUUAACAAAUGUAAAAUGUUUAAGAUGUAAGCUCUUUAGCUGGUUAGAAUAUUAGUGAAUAAGAAUCUAGCCUUUAUGAUCUUAGAUCAACAAUAAACACUUGCGCAAAUACGUAGAAUAAUAACCCAUUUGGAUUUACAGAGAAUAAAAAAGAUUCUUUUGAUCAAAAUGAGAGCUCUUAAUAAUAAUAAUCAUAGAAUAAUAACUAAUAAAUUAAUAACAUAAUUAAUUUUUAAAGCUAAAUAGAUAAUACAGAUAAAAGAGGUGAGCUAAUUCUAGAUUAAAAUAAUAUGAAUUCAAUCGUUAAACUUACCAGUUUAGAUUCAAAAAAAAGUUCUAGUUCAGGUAAUUUCGAAUAACCUAGUGAACUUUCUUUUGAUAAGUUUUAAUCUAAAGUGAAUUCUUCAUUAAACCAAACUAACAUUUUUGAGAGUAGUAAAACAUCAAAAAAUAUUUUUAAUAGUAAUUCUAAUAAUAAUUAAAAUCAAAUAAACACCAAUAAUUAGGAAAAUUUACAUAACAAUUAAUUAAAAACAAAUAUUAACUGUCAAUUUGAUUAAUAUAAUUAAAUAUUAAGUAAUUCUAUACUAGAAAACUUAAACAGCUAAAUGAUUGCACAAAAAUAAGUGUAAAAGUUAAAUAAUCAAGACCUGGAUGCUAUUUAAGAAAAUAAUUUUUAAAACUAGUUCUUAGAAGAUAGUGAAAUAUUAACAGAUGAUGAGAGUAGUUAAAUCUUUAAAAGCUAUAUUUAACAAGAAUAUUAUCCUAUUUAAAAUUUAAAUGAUACAAUAUUAGAAUUCAUUCAAAAUAAUCAAAAUAUUAAAGUAAAAAAUUUGAAGUUAUUCUAAAAGAAUUCAAAUAGUGAUAUUUGGUAUUACACUGGACCCUAAUAUUUAAUUUACUUAAUUAGAUUUGAAAGAUUGAUAAUUGAAUAUCUUAAAAGCAACGAUAUCAAAGUAGGUAGUGAGAAUGAUUUAGAUUAAAUUUCAUUUACUGUGCUUUAAAAAGAAAAAUUAUAAAUAGUAAAUUAUUUAUUUUCAGCUAUAGAAAGUAAGCUUAAUGUUUUCAAUUAAAUAAUUCCUGAAGAAAAAUAAAAAAAUAUAUGUGCUAUGAUUAAUCAUAUACCUUUUAGGUCAGCUCUAAAUGAUAAUAAUGUAUAAAUUUUCUAUAAUAAAGAUAAUAUGACUUUGAGUUGGUUUUCAUUCCUUAAAUCUGAAGAAGAAUUAAAAAAUGAUGCAAUUAGAUAUGAAUCCAAAUUUAUAUUUAAAAGGGUAUUUAUUUAGAACUUCUUCUCGAGUAAUGAUAUAAAUGAUCAGUUUAUGACUAUAGAGUAAAAACUACAUCUUAAUAAUAUAAGUUUUAAUAUGCAUGAAAUAAUUGAAAGUAUUAUUGAUGAAAUAAAAUCAAACUAUUCUGAUCUUUCUUUUAGUUAAAAAAGAUUUUAAGUAUCAGAUCAGAUUAAAUUUUACUCUAGCUUUAUUACAUUCUAGUUUGAAUUAAGGUUCUCAGAUAAAUACAAAGAAUUCAUUAAGUAAAUUAAAGAAAAGUUAUCUCAUAAAAUUGAAUUUGUUACUUAGGACAAAUCAUCUAGUAAAAUUGAAGCUUAUUUAAUUGACAAGUCAGAUUUCAAGCACUAAUUUAUGGAAGAUAAGUAUUAAGAUAAAUACAUUCGUUUUUUUGAUUUAUUCAAAAACUAUAAUAUGUUACCUGAAAAUUAAAAAUUAGCAAAGCAUCUAAAUAAUAUAACUAAAGCAAAUAAUGGAAUUUUUAUUAUUGAUGGUAGCAAAAAAGAAUAUUUUAAAAAUUUUUUUUGA